AUGUCGAAUUGGCAGCCACAAGUUCCUAUUCAAGAGGUGGGAGGACCUAUUGACGGGGGUCCAGAUGGAGUGAAGGGGUCUGGAAAUGAGAAUCAUAGGCCACAGAGAAAGAGAGUGGUGGUUGUUGGGUUAGGGAUGUAUGCGGAUGUUCCGGUCGGAUCUCUCAGCUACCACAUCAACACUAAAGUUGUUGAAAUAUGUCACUCCAAUAAACGAAUUACAUGUGCUUCUGGCGAAACGGUUCCAUAUGAUAUCCUUAUCUUAGCAACAGAGUCCGAUGCCCUCUUACCUCAACAAACACCUGGCCAUGACGCCAAAGGUGUCUUCGUAUAUCGUAACAUAGAGGAUCUAGAAAACCUCAUACGAUUCUCGGAAAAGAAGAAGGGUACACAUGGACUUGUUAUGGGUGGUGGGCUCUUGGGUCUCGAAGCUGCAAAGGCUAUGAUGGAUCUCGAGAAAUACAAGAAAGUGCAUCUGAUCGAAAGGAAUAAAUGGGUACUGAGUCGUCAGCUUGAUGCUGAUGCAGGAGGUUUGGUUGUCGAACAAGUGGAAAGUCUGGGUUUGGACGUGAUGCUGUCCAAAAGAGUUGGGAAGAUUGAAGUCACGAAUGAGAACGAGGUGAAAGGUGUGGUGUUCGAAGACGGAGAAGAGAUGGAAUGUUCAACGAUAUGUUUUGCGAUUGGUAUCAAAGCUCGAGACGAACUGGCUCGCCAAGCAGGUAUCAAAUGUGCUGAUCGUGGUGGAGGGAUUAUGGUUGGAGAUGAUCUGAGUACCAGUGUCAAAGAUAUCUACGCAAUUGGCGAAUGCGCUAGUUGGAAAGAUCAAACAUUCGGACUGAUUGCUCCUGGAAUUGAGAUGGCGGAUGUCUUGUCUUUCAAUCUUACACAGGCAAAAAGACACGCAUAUAGGAGUUUUAAGCGACCGGAUCUUAGUACCAAGCUAAAGUUAUUGGGAGUAGAGGUUGCGAGUUUUGGCGAUUUCUUUGCGGACAGAGAUGGACCUAAAGAUUUACCGAUUAGGAUGGCGAGGAAGAACAACGAUUCGUCUGAUGCUUCGAAAAAGUUGAUGAAUGGAUCUGCGCUAUCGCCUGUUAAAGCACUCACUUACAAGGACCCUUUCCAAGCAGUUUACAAGAAAUAUCUGUUUACCAUGGAUGGAAAGUAUCUUUUAGGCGGUAUGAUGAUUGGCGAUACGAGAGAUUACGUCAAAUUGGUAUCUAUGUUGAAGAAUCAGAAGAUGCUGGAUGUGCCACCGAGCCAAUUUAUCCUCGGGGCCAGCAAAGAGGGCGAUGAUGGAGGAGAUGACUUAGAUGACGAUACGCAAAUCUGCUCCUGUCACAACGUGUCUAAAGGGAAUGUCGUUCAUUCAGUGAAGGAAGGCACAUGCAAAAGCAUCGGAGACGUCAAAUCAUGCACGAAAGCUGGAACAGGGUGCGGCGGAUGCAUGCCGCUUGUCACCAGCAUCUUCAACAGCACCAUGCAAUCGAUGGGCCAGGAAGUGAAGAAUCACAUGUGCCCUCAUUUCAACUAUUCGCGCGCCGAUCUUUACAACAUCAUCUCUGUCAAGAAUCUGAAAACUCUCGCGGAAGUCAUGAAAGAAGCUGGAAAUGAUCCAGAUAGUCAAGGAUGCGAGGCAUGUAAACCCUCUAUCGGUUCUAUAUUCAGUUCUUUAUACAACAAACACGUAAUCUCACGACCUCUUCAUGGGCUCCAAGAGACAAACGAUCGAUUUCUGGGCAAUAUUCAACGGAACGGUACCUUCUCCGUCGUUCCACGUGUGAGCGCAGGAGAGAUCACUCCUGAUAAAUUGAUUAUCAUUGGAAAUGUAGCGAAGAAAUAUAAUCUCUACACCAAAAUCACUGGUGGCCAAAGAAUCGAUAUGUUCGGGGCUAAGAAACAAGAUCUCUUGGCAAUUUGGAAGACACUUGUGGAAGGAGGCAUGGAGUCCGGCCAUGCAUAUGCAAAGAGCUUGCGCACAGUUAAAAGUUGUGUGGGAACAGCUUGGUGCCGGUAUGGGAUUGCGGAUUCCGUUGGGAUGGCGGUGAGAUUGGAGGAGCGGUAUAAGAGUAUUAGGAGUCCGCAUAAGAUUAAGGGAGGUGUAAGUGGAUGUGUGAGGGAAUGUGCUGAAGCGCAGAACAAAGAUUUUGGCCUCAUCGCCACCGAAAAGGGCUUCAACAUAUUCGUCGGCGGUAACGGCGGUGCUUCACCUCGCCACAGCGAUCUUCUAGUCAAAGAUGUCCCUCCCGAUUCGGUAAUUCCCAUCCUGGACCGCUACCUCAUUUUCUAUAUCCGUACCGCUGAUAAACUUCAACGAACCGCCCGCUGGCUCGAAGCUCUGCCUGGAGGCAUUAAAUACCUCCGCGAAGUAAUCCUUGACGACAAAUUAGGAAUCUGCGCCAGUCUCGAAGCACAAAUGGAAGAGCUAGUCGGAUCCUUCUUCGAUGAAUGGGCGGCCGCUAUCACCGAUCCGGAAAUGGCGAAAAACUUCAAACAAUUCGAUAAUUGCGAGGAUACGGUGGAGAAUAUGGAACUGGAAGAAGAUCGUGGGCAGACGAGGCCGGUCUAUUGGGCUAAAGAGAGUGUGAAGACGGAUUUUAAGAAUAUAAAGUGGACGAGUCUUACUUGGGAACGGGCCAUUCAGAGGGAUCAUUUUAAGGGCGCGGAUGAGAUACCGAAUGGCAUGUCAGCAAGUGUGAAGAGGGGGGGUACGCAAUUGGCGGUAUGGAGGGUGAGGGGAAAGUGGUUGGCGAGUCAGCAGAUGUGUCCGCAUAAGAGGGCGUUCGUGUUGAGUGAUGGUUUUAUUGGGGAUUCGGGGAAGGAUGUGGAUGGGGGAAAGGAAGACAAACUAUGGGUGUCCUGUCCAAACCAUAAGAGAAAUUUUGAACUGAAUGGGGAAACGAAGGGAAGGUGUCAAAAUGAUGAAGAAGUUAGUAUAGCGAUUUUUGAGGCGGAGGAGAGGGAUGAUGGAUGGGUUUAUUUAAAAUUACCGCCAAUACAUGAGUUGGAUGGGGUUUUGGGGACGGAGAGGUGGAAGGUUCGGAAGGGGGAGAGUGGGGAGGGACCGUUUGAGAAGUUGGAUCGGAGGAUUGGGGUUAAUGGGGUGGGGAUGAAUGGGAGGAAACCUUUUGAGGCGAGGAGGGAGUUGAGGGUUGGAGAGGGGGAGGGGAGUAUUGAUUGGUAA